AAAUCACUUACGAAGCAGGCAAGUGGGUGUAACUUGUUCCAAGGAAGAUGGACCGUUGAUCUCUCCUACCCUCUCUACGAUUCUUCCACGUGUCCCUUCAUCGACGCCGAGUUCAAUUGUCUCAAAUUCGGUCGACCCGAUAAACAGUUUCUCAAGUAUUCUUGGCAGCCAGAUUCAUGUACAAUUCCCAGGUUUGACGGGGCUGAGUUCUUGAGGAGAUGGAGGGGGAAGCGAGUCAUGUUCGUGGGUGACUCACUGAGUCUAAACAUGUGGGAAUCGUUGGGAUGUAUGAUACAUGCGUCGGUACCAAACGCCAAGACCACUUUUGUGAAGCGUACCCCACUCUCUUCCAUCACCUUUGAGGAAUAUGGAGUGAUUUUGUAUCUAUACCGAACGCCAUACCUAGUGGACAUCUCGAGAGAGAGCGUAGGCCGAGUGCUCGACCUCAAGGCCAUUGACGGUGGAGCCGAUCUUUGGAAAGGGAUGGACCUUCUCAUCUUCAAUUCUUGGCAUUGGUGGACCCACAAAGGCCAGUCCCAAGGGUGGGAUUAUAUGAGAGAAGGGUCUGCAUUGAUGAGAGAUAUGGACCGUUUGGUGGCAUUUUACAAAGGACUCACCACUUGGGCUCAAUGGGUUGAUCUCAAUGUUGAUACCGCCGUGACCCGAGUUUUCUUCCAAGGCAUUUCUCCCACGCAUUACGAGGGUAGGGAAUGGAACGAGCCGAGGAAGAGCUGCAACGGGCAGAUGGAGCCGUUGAGCGGAUCCACGUACCCGGGCGGGGAACCGCCGGCUGCAGCCGUGGUGGAGAAGGUGUUGAGCUCGAUGAGAACGCCCGUCUACUUGCUCGACAUCACGACUUUAUCGCAGCUGAGAAAGGACGCUCAUCCUUCUACCUAUGGCGGCGACGGCGGCACGGACUGCAGCCACUGGUGCCUGCCCGGUCUGCCCGAUACCUGGAACCAACUUCUCUAUGCGGCUCUUUCCACGUGAAGAAUCUCGCUAGAGGUAUAUAUCCGGUUCGGAAGAACUAUCUCUCUCGUCUUGUCUGUACAUUACAUUCUUGGAAGUGUGGAGAGAAUCUGACACACACAAAAAGAUGAACUGUAAAAUGUUUAGUUUAAUUCUUUUCAAAGGGAAAUAAUAAGCGGAUGAUUUUUGUGUUAUGAUGCAUUACUACAAUGGAAUCGCCAAGCGAAAUUGUUGUCUUUA